CUCAGGAUAAUGUCUAGACUUGCAGUGUAGUUUCAGAGCCCUUUAUAAGAGCAUCUUCUGGCCGAAUGUCAGAUAAGGACUGCAGGCUGGUUUUUGGUUGUGGUAUCGAAGACUCACAAUUUACAGAAAUAAUGAGUGCAUCUAAACCCAAUGAAAGUGUUAAGAGGAGAAACAAAAACUUUCUGAAUAACAGCGAGCAGGAGUUUGUAGCCGGCAGGAGAAACACUGUUCUACAAACCCUGAACAAGCUUAAGAUUCAAUGCAGUCGGAAAGAGGUGCCAAACAUUGCAUUACUGGGUUCUGGAGGAGGACAAAGAGCCAUGGUGGGUUUGCUGGGAUCCCUGGUUCAGCUUGAUAAAGCGGGUCUUCUGGACUGCAUCCUUUAUCUGAGCGGAGUCUCUGGAUCCACCUGGUGCAUGGCCUCCUUAUACAAAGAACCAGACUGGUCCACUAAACUAGAGACCGUGAAGAACAAAAUCAUUGAGAGAAUCAGAGGUCCAGAAGUCAGCUUGACAGACGCAAUGGCCAAACUGAAGAAAUAUUACUACGGGAAAGACCUCUUCAGUUUGACUGACGUCUGGGCAGUGCUGGUCGUCACGUCAUAUGUGAAAGAGAUCGAUGAGCACACACUCACAGAGCAGCGGAAGCAGCACAAUAAAGACCCGUUUCCCAUCUACGCAGUGAUCGACAAGCAAAGCAAACAGAGCAAUGACGGAGACCCCUGGUUUGAGAUCAAUCCAUAUGAAGCAGGUUAUUCCCUCUCUGGAGUGUUUGUGGACACCGGCGACUUUGGCAGCCAGUUUCACGAAGGCUCAAAAAUAAAAAAUCAGGAUGAAUUUGACAUGCUGUACCUGCAAGCUCUUUGCGGCAGCGCUUUAGGGGAUGAAGAGGAUAUUAAGAAAACCAUGUGGCAAAAGAUAAAAGCUUUCUUUCAAAACGAAACAACACUUGAGGCAAUGAGGAAGGAAGAGCGUGAGAGAACAGAUGAAGUGAUGAGAAAAGAGAAGGAAACAGAAGGAAAUGAAGCAGUACUGGACUCUUUGUCCAAGCCCCGUCCAUCAGACUCCGGCAAAUACAGGUUUCCUUCAGACAAACCAAUCUCCCCGUCUGUAGAUGAAUGUCACCGGGCGCUCAUGGAUCUUGUGAACAUGAAUCUCUCUGUUUUGAAUGGCAAAGAUCCUUCUGGUUUUGAAAAAUCCAUCAGAACAAAUUUAAAUGGUAAAGCAUUAUACAUCACAGUGAGAACCUACUGUUUAAUGACAACAGAUUUGCAUAUAAAAUAUAUAACUAUAAAAUAUAUAAUAAAAUAUAUGGAUAAGGUAACAUUAACAAUGAUAUGUAAUAAUAAUAUAAUCAUGUCCUGUUUUCUUACUGACCUCUCUGGAGGCAAAAGUCAGCCGAUUUCUACAAUAGAAACACUGAAAAAAGCUGAUAAAGGAGCAGAAAAACAGGAUAUAAAGCAUUUCACCAUGGAAGUGUGCGAAGAUUUGAGUAGUCGGACCAGUAAUUGGCUAAUUGAUGUUUGGAUAAGUAUUUGUAAAUGCAUGGCUCAGUGGAUCUGGGGGAGGAAAUAUAACUUACUCCACAACAUGACAGAUGAAGCAGUGAACUCCACUCUUCUGCAAAGUGAGACGAGAGACUAUAUAGACGGCGGACUGUUGCUGAACUCACCCUACUUCUCAGUGCUGAGAGAAGACCGAGACAUUGACCUCAUCAUUUCCCUGGAUUUCAGUCAAGGCGAUCCUUUCAUGACAGUAAAUGACGCUGCUGAGACUUGCAAGAAACUAAAGAUCCCUUUCCCUGAAGUCAACGUUACCAGUGAAGACAAGACGAAACCAAAGGACUUCUAUGUAUUCAAAGGCCAAAACACUCCAACCGUGAUCCACAUCCCUCUGUUUAAUGCGGUCAACUGUGGAGAUAAAGUUAAGGACUGGAGGAAAAAAUAUCGCACAUUUCAAGGUGCUUACAGUGCUGAGAUGAUCGCUGAUCUUAUGGACGUCGCUGGAAAAAACAUCUCAAACAACAGAGAGAAACUCAAGGAGCAGAUUCGGGCGGUCACUGAAGAAAAAAGAUUUGGACGCUUUAAAACUUUUCUGAAUAAAGACCCAUUUAGACUGAAUAUAAACUGAAUAUAGAAUAAAAACUGAUCUGAGUAACAGUCA